AAAUCUUAUUUAGAGAAAUCAACUGCCAAACAUGUAUUUCCUAUCCUUAUUCGUAGUAGCAUCAUCUUCCAUAAUGCUAUCUGUUUUUGGCUAUCCGCUCAGUCAAUUUUAUCCUUUUGGCCUGACUGCAGGAGACAGCAGUUUACCAGCCAAUGAUGAUGGAUCUACCUCAAGUAUUCCGAUAUCUGUACCAUUUCCAUUCUUUGGGCCAUCGUAUAGUUUCAUCUAUGUAAAUAACAACGGUGAUGUUACAUUUGAUAGUCCAUUGACGCAGUAUAACGCACAAAAAUUUCCAAUAAAUGGAUCGCAUAAAAUGAUAGCCCCAUUUUGGACAGACAUAAGUACUUCACAGGGAGGGUUUCUUUGGUACCGAUCAACAACGGAUUUCUCCAUUUUACAGCUAGGAACAAACAUAACUCGUUUUGCAUUUCCUAGUUUUGUAACUUUCUCCGCCAAUUGGAUGAUGGUCGUCACAUGGGAAGAAGUUGCUGCAUAUGGCUGCAGUACAAUAACCUGUCAGCAGAGGAACACAUUCCAGCUUGUUUUAAUCACGAACGGGGUUCAGUCAUUUGUUGUAUUCAACUAUAACAAAAUAACAUGGACAAAAUCUACUCAGGUUGGAAUCAAUGCUGGUGAUGGAAUAAAUUACUAUUCUGUUCCUGGUUCCAUGGAAGACAGCAUGUUAAAUCUUACACAAAUGUCAAAUGUUGGUGUUCCUGGCCAGUUUGUCUUCAGGGUGGAUGUAAGAGUCAAUCCAGAUGUCAAUGAGUGUGCCAGUUCACCCUGUGUCAAUGGUACUUGUUCAGAUCGCGUCAAUGGAUAUGUAUGCAAUUGUACGCUGGGCUAUACAGGAAGUCGCUGUAAUAUUGAUAUCAAUGAGUGUUUCAGUUCGCCCUGUAUAAGUGGUACUUGUACAGAUCGUGUGAAUGGAUAUGUAUGCAACUGUAUGCCAGGAUAUACGGGAAGUCGCUGCAAUAUUGACAUCGAUGAGUGUGAAGUCCAACCUUGUCAGAACAAUGGAACUUGUACAGAUCUGAUUAAUGGCUACCAGUGUCAUUGUAGAGACGGAUUCAAUGGAACAAACUGUAUACACAAUAUAGAUGAUUGCUUAUCACAUCCUUGUCAAAACAACGGUACAUGUACAGACCUUAUCAAUGACUACCAAUGUGACUGUGUGCUGGGAUUCAAUGGAACACAUUGUGAAAACAAUAUAGAUGAAUGCCUACCAGAUCCUUGCCAAAACAAAGGAACUUGUGCAGACCUUGUCAAUGAUUACGAAUGUGAUUGCGUAACAGGAUUCAAUGGCAGAAAUUGUGAAAACAACAUCGAUGAGUGUGCAGCUCUACCUUGUCAGAACAAUGGAACUUGUACAGAUCUGAUCAAUGAUUACCAAUGUCAUUGUACGGACGGGUUUAACGGAACAAACUGUUCAAUUAAUAUUGAUGAAUGCCUGCCAGGCCCUUGUCAAAACAAUGGAACGUGUACAGACCUUGUCAAUAACUACCAAUGCGAUUGUGUGGCAGGAUUUAAUGGAACAAAUUGUGAAAACAAUAUAGACGAGUGUGCAGCUCAACCUUGUCAGAACAAUGGGACUUGUGAAGAUCUGAUUAACAAUUACCGAUGCCGUUGUACAGACGGAUUUAAUGGAACACACUGUUCAAAUAAUAUUGAUGACUGUGUACCAGAUCCUUGUCAAAACAAUGGUACAUGUACAGACCUUGUCAAUGAUUACCAAUGCUACUGUGUGGCAGGAUUUAAUGGCACAAAUUGUGAUAUCAAUAUUGACGAGUGUGCAACUCAACCUUGUCAGAACAAUGGAACUUGUGAAGAUCUAAUCAAUGAUUACCAAUGCCGUUGCACAGACGGGUUUAAUGGAACAACCUGCUUAAACAAUAUAGAUGAUUGUAUACCAGUUCCUUGUCAAAAUAACGGUACAUGUACAGACCUGGUCAACGACUACCACUGUGAUUGUGUACUGGGAUUCAAUGGCACAAAAUGUGAAAACAACAUUGAUGAUUGUGAAGCAUUACCUUGUCAGAACAAUGGAACUUGUACAGAUCUGAUCAAUGAUUACCAAUGUCAUUGUACGGACGGGUUUAAUGGAAGAAACUGUUCAAAUAACAUCGAUGAGUGUGAAGUCCAACCUUGUCAGAACAAUGGAACUUGUACAGAUCUGAUUAAUGGCUACCAGUGUCAUUGUAGAGACGGAUUCAAUGGAACAAACUGUAUACACAAUAUAGAUGAUUGCUUACCAGAUCCUUGUAAAAACAACGGUACGUGUACAGACCUUGUCAAUGACUACCAAUGUGAUUGUUUGGCAGGAUUCAAUGGAACACAUUGUGAAAACAACAUAGAUGAAUGCCUACCAGAUCCUUGCCAAAACAAUGGAACUUGUACAGACCUUGUCAAUGAUUACGAAUGUGAUUGUGUAGCAGGAUUCAAUGGCAGAAAUUGUGAAAACAAUAUCGAUGAGUGUGCAGCUCUACCUUGUCAAAACAAUGGAACUUGUACAGAUCUGAUCAAUGAUUACCAAUGUCAUUGUAUGGACGGGUUUAACGGAACAAACUGUUCAAUUAAUAUUGAUGAAUGCCUGCCAGGCCCUUGUCAAAACAAUGGAACGUGUACAGACCUUGUCAAUAACUACCAAUGCGAUUGUGUGGCAGGAUUUAAUGGAACAAAUUGUGAAAACAAUAUAGACGAGUGUGCAACUCAACUUUGUCAGAACAAUGGGACUUGUGUAGAUUUGAUUAACAAUUACCAAUGCCGUUGUACAGACGGAUUUAAUGGAAGGCACUGUUCAAAUAAUAUUGAUGACUGCGUACCAGAUCCUUGUCAAAACAACGGUACAUGUACAGACCUUGUCAAUGAUUACCAAUGCUACUGUGUUGCAGGAUUUAAUGGCACAAAUUGUGAUACCAAUAUUGACGAGUGUGCAUCUCAACCUUGUCAAAACAAUGGAACUUGUGAAGAUCUUAUCAAUGAUUACCAAUGUCGUUGCAAAGACGGGUUUAAUGGAACAACAUGCUUAAACAAUAUAGAUGAUUGCAGACCAGUUCCUUGUAAAAACAACGGUACGUGUACAGACCUGGUCAACGACUUCCACUGUGAUUGUGUACUAGGAUUCAAUGGAACAAACUGCGAAAACAACAUCGAUGAUUGUGAAGCUCAACCUUGUCAGAACAACGGAACGUGUACAGAUAUGAUCAAUGAUUACUUAUGUCAUUGUACAGUCGGGUUUAAUGGAAGAAACUGUUCAAAUAAUAUAGACGAGUGUGCAGCUCAACCUUGUCAGAACAAUGGAACUUGUACAGAUCUGAUCAAUGAUUACUUAUGUCAAUGUAUUGAUGGGUUUAAUGGAACAAACUGUACACAAAAUAUUGACGAAUGCCUACCAGAUCCAUGUCAAAACAACGGUACAUGUAUAGAUCUUGUCAACGAUUACCGAUGUUACUGUGUUGCAGGAUUCAAUGGAACAAAUUGUGAAAACAUUAUACUACAAAUCCUCAACUUUGAAAGCAGCAGCUCAGUACUGCGUGAAGGAAAGUCUGCCUGGUUUAGUUUACAGUUAAAAAGUAAUACAAUGUACGAGGUUCAAUGGUUUCAUAGUGGAUACUUAAUUAGUAAUUCAUCAAGAAGAUACAAACUGACGUCACUUCACACAGGAAAUAAUAUGUCUUUACACACUUUGCAUAUCAAUGACGUUUUACAGCGAGAUAAAGGAGAAUGGAAAAUCACAGUGACGAAUCAUGUUAUAUAUUUAUCCAGCCAUUUGAUAGUUACGGUUAUUCCUAGAUUGGUGCUAAUUAUGACACCACAGUACGACUUUUCAAUUAUGACGGGUGAGAAAAUCAAUCUUCAGUGUACAGUCAGUAAUCCCGAGUCAUUGCUAGAUGUUACAAAUGGAAGUCUCGUGAUGACUAAAGAUGGGACUGUGUUAUCAGAUUUUAUCAAUUCACACUUUUCAACAACAUGGAGCAAAACUACUGCAAAGGAAGAUGAUACUGGUAGAUACACAUGUACACAUUCCAGCUACCAGGACCCUAUAUUUGUUUCUGUUUAUGUUACUGUCUUUAAACCAGAACAAAAGAGAUGUGAAAGUGAAUGGUCAGAAGGAAUACUUUGGAAUACUACACUUGCAAAUACAACGAAACAGGAACUUUGUCCUGUCAAACAGAAAGGAAUGGCAAUACGGUAUUGUACACAACUUGGAGUGUGGGAAUCUCCAAGCCUUAUUAAUUGCACAACUGAAGCUUUCUCGAGCGCUUCAUCAGAGAUGGAUGCAAUAAUAGAAGAUGGUCUAGAAAAUACUGAAAAGGUUCAGGAAGCCGUCAACAACACUCUACAAUUGAUGAAGAACCUUACCUCGUCGACUAAUGAGCUCAGUGCUGGGGAUCUGAGCUCUUCUCUGGACGUUUUAGAGAAAAUUGUCAACGUCACUAACUCUACUGGGUCAGCAAUCGAAAAAGAGGUGUUCUACGCUGUUAUAGACAAUGUUUUGUCAACUAAUAACUCAAAGUCUUGGACGACUGUCAGUAACAAGACGGAUAAAGACGCAAGCUCCAUUCUGAAGAAUAUGGAGCGCAUUAGUGAGAUUGUGAUUCAAAGCGGCAAUAUUACGGCAUCCCGAUUCAGUGGCUCAAAUUUCGAGCUAACUGUUAACCAAACGAAAAUAGAUGAAACUGGAAUACGUUUUCCGGUUGUGUCACCAAGCAACACGUCUGAAAUUACCGAAAAAAAUCCUACUUUUCUUGAACUACCAAAACAAAAUAUGAAAGCGGAAAAUGCAAUCAACUAUGUUGCUGUUAUAUAUAAAACGAUGUCAGAUAUACUGCCAUCUGCUUCAGAUAGUGAUCAGAAUGGAGGGAAUUCAGAGCAGAAAUCGAAGAAUAAAACAUUCGUCAAUUCUCAGAUACUUUCUCUUACCACGCAAAAUGACUUAGGGGUAUUGGUUCCACCUCUGACUCUAACAUUUGGACACAUAAAAAAUAAUGAAUCUACUAGAAUGCAAGCAAGAUGUGUCUCUUGGGAUUUUACAAAAAGCAAAUGGACAGAAAAAGGAUGCAACGUCAAACAAAGUGAUCAUAAGAAAACAGUCUGCCAAUGUAGCCACCUUACCAAUUUCGCCAUUUUGAUGAGACCGUAUUCUCCUGUGAUAGAGGAUCACCAAUCGUUGAAAACAAUGUCUUUGGUUGGGGUGAUUCUCUCCAUAUUAUUUACAGCUCUUACUUUGGUUAUCUACAUCUUGACAUGGAGAUAUAUUAAAAGUGACCAAAACAUCAUCAUGAUGAACCUCUGUGGAUCGUUAAUUCUUUCCUAUUUGGUAUUUAUAUCAGCUGUUGAACAGAAAAGUAAUGAGGGAGCAUGCAUUGCUAUAACUGCAAUUAUCCACUACCUUUUCCUGGUCACCUUCUUUAGUAUGCUAGGAAUGGCUGUGUAUUACUUCAUCAGUAUAACGGUCACCUACUAUGCUAUGUAUGUUGCAAACAACUUUAAGUCUAAAUCCAGAAUUCAGUGGUUUUUGUUGGCAAUAUGGGGUAUCCCCAUCCUGAUUACAUCAAUAACUCUUGGAGCGUUUUGGGGAAAAGGUUACCACCUAGAAUCUUAUUGCUGGUUAAGCAUGGAAAGUGGUUCUCUUUACAUGUUCAUCAUCCCAGUCUGUUUAAUCUGCGUGUUAAACGUACUGAUAAUUGUCUCACUGGUAAGAGUGCUUUGUGCUUCAAGUGCAAUGAUGAAGUCUUCACUGCAGAAAAAGGCAACAUCCGGUCUGCGAUCACUUGGGACGCUACUACCAGUGCUAGGGGUGACCUGGUUAUUCGGAAUUCUGGCCGUUAACGAAAAUGCAGAUGCGUUUCAGUAUAUUUUUGUUAUUGCAAAUUCCCUACAGGGGUUUUUCAUAUUUGUUUCGCACGUGUUGUUGAACAAAAAGGUAAUGCAAGGUUUGAGGAACAGAUACCCAGUCAUUAGUUCUCUUAUAAGUAUGGCUGAACACAGUAAACCGGAAUCCGCUUCUGUUACACGAAGUCAGUCAACAUUAAAAUCUAAUGCACCAUUGGUGACAACAAAGAAAAAGGGUAUAUUUGAAAGAAUUCGUAAUAAUAAAGUAAAGAAAUCAGAAUCAUUUUUGACAGAAAGAACCGUAUCUACUGAUUGUCCUUCAAGUGUUUCCCAUGAAAAAAGCUCUGCAAUGCCUGAGAAUGUAUCUACUGAUCACACGCUAAAACUUGUAGCAGAAGAGGAAAAUACGAAAAGAAGAUUUCGGUUUUCAUUCAAUUUUAACCCAUGGAAGAAAAAGUAUACAGUGACAGAAAUGUAAAAAGAACAUUUAAGACGUCUGCAAUUGUAAAAGACACUUAAAGACUCUUUAUAUUACAUUUUCAACUAGAGUCCAUGAACUAUUUCCAACAAUUAUCUAAUCGUGCUGCCACACAGAACAUUAAGGCUGUGAAAUGUUUCUGUCGUUUUUAAAGACAAAACCUUCAUUUUCUCGUUUUGUGUUUCAACUCCUUUCUCACACACACUCGUGCAGUUCUGUAUGCAAGGGUAAAAAGUAAUUUUCUACAAAAGUUUCAGUCUCAAAAUGUAUACAUUUAAGCAAUUUAGCAAUUUUUAAAAUUUGUGAUUGUGUGCCUUUAUAAUUUUUUUUCUUUUGUUUAUUAUUUUAAUUUGUUUGUUACUACCAGAACGUUUAACAAUAUCAAUUUUUGAGAUUUUAAAGGGUCGCUAUUUACAGACUUCGUUUCAUAUCUUUUAAAUUAUUUGUAUUCUAUUAUACUAUCCCCAUCAUUCCUAUUCUUAUUUUUUAAUAAACAUAUUAGGGGGGUAAUCAGUGCUUGGUAAGAUAUUACAAUGAUUGACGGCUUUAAUGAAUAACAUAUUGAAAUGCAGUUUAAGGAGGCUGGAAGGUCAACAAAAUAACCCAAAAAUCUGCAUUAAACUUUUAAAUGUGA